AUGUAUAAAUAUUUUAACAUUUCCCAAUUUAUAUCAAGCAAAAUGUGUACUUUAAAUAAAAGUUAUUUAAAAUUAGAAAAACUAAAUAACGAAAUUUUUAAAAAUUUAAGAAAUAAAACUCUAUUAAUGAAAAAAGAAAAUGUAUAUGUAUAUCCACCUGAGAAAUACUUAAGUAUAACAGAUAUUGAAAAAUCAUGCCCAUUAAUAUUUGGAACACUAAAGCACAAAUAUAAGAUAGAUACUACACUUUUAGAAACUAAAGUUAUUUUAAAAAAAUAUUUGGAAUCAUGUAAAAAUGAUUGUUCUGAUAAUUUACAAACUAACAGUAGUAGAAUAAAUUUUAAAGAACUUGAUGUUAAUGAUAAUAUUAAUUUAGUAGAUAAUAAUAACAAUAAAAUAAAUAAUGAAAAAAUUGAAAAGAAUAAUUUUGAUGCAAUUUCUUCAUUUGAAGGUAAUAAUAGUGUAGACUUUUUAGAUUCUUUUGUUCAAUUGAAAAUUCCUAUUUUGAGUGAAUAUGAACAGAAUCACCUUUUUAAACAUAUAAUUGAAAUAAUUGAUUCUUUAGCUGCUGAUGUUGUAUACAGACAUAGUAUGGGUUCCUAUAAAAAAAAUAAUAAGUUUAACUUUGUAACUGUUUUAUUUAAUAACUUAAAAGUGUACCAAAAAAAUAAAAUUCAUCAUGAAUUUUGUUUUUCACUAGAUCAACAAAAACCACUGACAAUAAACUGUUAUAUUGUUCAUUCAGGGAAUACUUCAUAUAUAUUAAAAGUUGAUUUUUUUCAAGAAAAUCAACUUAUUUUUGAUAUAUAUUCUACAUUUGUAAAUAUAAAUAAUUUAACAUUUAAACCCCAAUUAGUGGCUGGUGUGAGUAAUCAUACAAAAAAUAAAGAAUAUGAGGAAGUAAAGGAAUUUGCAUCUCACCUUAAAGAUAUACAGAAUUUGUUUAAUCAUAAAGAUGUUAAAAAUAAGUAUUUAGAUAAGAAGGAUAUUAAUUUUAUAUUAAAUUAUUUUAAAAAUGUAAGAGUAGAGAAAAAACCAUACAUAAAAAAUAUUUAUGAAAAUACAAAUAUUUUUGAACAAAAUGAAAAAAAAGAUGAAGAAUAUGAAAAAGAAAAUAUUUUAUCGGUCAUUGAUGAUAUCCUAGAUAAAGAUGAUUUAUCCUUUUAUAUAGGAAAAUCAAAUUUUUAUUGUAAAGAUUCAUAUGUUGAAUCAAAUUACUUUAUAUCAUCAGAAUUUAAGAAUAUACACAAUUUUACAUUUGGAGGAUACUUAGCUUAUUUAUCUUUUUGUCAUGCUAUGGUAAUAAUAAAAAAUUUCGUAGCAUAUCCAGUCCUUAUUGAAAUAAAUGAAAUUCAAUAUAUACUACCUGUUCCUUAUAAUUCUGUUGUUUCAUUUAAAGGAAAAGUAGUUUAUUGUGAUAAAGAAAAAAUUCAAAUUAAAAUUUCUUCAUACUGCUUUGAUUUUAAGAGAAGUACAUAUUUUUUAACAACAAUUUUUGAUUUAUCUUUUGAAAAUAAUUGUGAAAUAUCCUUUAUACCCCAAUCUGAUGAAGAAAUUAAAUUUUACUUAUUCAGUUAUAUACGCUCACAACUUUUACAAUAA